CUGAGGCUGGGGUUAGCAUCAUGAUAGUUCUGAAGAGACGAAUAAUGAAUGAGAUUUUGACAACGUAUCUACCAUCAGUUCUUAUUCUAAUAAUAGUUUAUGUAACCAACUACUUUAAACCAUUCUUCUUUGAAGCAGUUGUGACAGUUAAUCUGACAUCUUUACUGGUUCUAACAACUUUGUUUAUUAGCGUCUCAGAUACCUUACCACCAACGGCAUAUGUUAAACUAAUUGAUAUUUGGCUAAUAUUCUCUCAAGUGAUACCAUUUUUUGAGGUUUUGCUUCAUACCUUCAUUGACAGUAAAAGAAAGGAUGGUCAGGACAGAGAAAUUAACCAUCAUGGAAAGAUGAUAAAAGUUGGUACAGAAUCCACAAAUAAUGAUUCCAAUGUCCUGUUUGUUCGGGAAAAAAACUUCUUUGAACUUGAUGGUAAGAUCCCUGAGAGAAUCCCCUUUGACCCUGAGUUAAUUGCAAGAAAUGAAAAGGAAGAACUAGAGGCCAGACAAAAAUUCUACAAUAAGGUUGAUAUUGACAUCUACUGGAUUCUAUUUGGUGAAAUAACAGGGGAGGCAGGGCCCCGCCUGGAACUCCCAGGGGGGCAAAAGGACUACUGUCCCCCCUAG